AUGGUGAAUCCGUGUAGUUUGCGUGGCGAGUUGGUUAUCUUGGCCUUUGGCGGCACGGACAUCAAACGUGCCGCCAUCCGCUGCAGCUAUCCAUCGUCGAAGUCAGUUCGGCCGAGUGUGUGUGGCCUCGCCUCGACUCGUCGUCUCGCCGAGAUUUCUCGCCGAGAGGCGGCGGCGGCGGUCGCUCCACUCUCGCGGUCCUCGUCGUCGUUGGUUAGUUCGUGCUGCUGCCAUCACCAUCGCGCCCUCAGCGGAUCGGCAUCGAGUCGGCGAGGACCCAUCGAGUCUCAUCCAUCAAAGCGCUAUGAACAUACGCCGCCUGCCUCUCAACUAGACAUACGGCCAACGGCAACGAAGAGCUACCGUAAGCCUUCGUAA